AAUUUACUCCUUAAUUACUGUGACUAUUUAUCUAAUUUUUGGUGAGAGACAGAUCUAUGCGUGUGAAUAUUAUCACAAUAUGGUAUAUAUGUUGAAUUUUUCGACACCGCCACAAUUAUAUAUGUAAUAUGUACACACACAUUAUCAUUGACUUGAACUUGUAUGUAAUGUAUAUUCAAAUUCAACAUUCUCAAAACCCUAUAUAUAUAAUCCAAGACACUUAACAAAAUAUCUCCAACCAAAACACAAAUUAAGCUAAAAACAAAAAACAAAACCCAAAAGAUGUCUCAAAAACUCAUGUUCUUGUUCACCCUUGCCUGCCUCUCCUUGUUACCAUCUCUUUUUCUCUCCGCCGAAAUACCGGCCACUGAAAAUGCCGCUUCACCGUCAAAUAUAUGUAGAUUUGCGCCGGAUCCAUCAUAUUGUAGAUCGGUUCUUCCAAACCAGCCCGGAGAUAUAUAUUCCUACGGACGUUUCUCUCUCCGAAGGUCCCUCUCACGAGCCCGCCGGUUCAUUUCGCUGAUCGACGCUCAACUUGACCGGAAAGGCAAAGUGGCUGCUAAAUCCACUGUAGGGGCUCUCGAAGACUGCAAAUUCCUAGCCAGCCUGACUAUGGACUACCUCCUUAGUAGCUCACAGACGGCUGAUUCCACCAAAACGCUGUCGUUAUCUAGGGCCGAGGAUGUUCAUACAUUUCUGAGUGCUGCCGUCACCAACGAACAGACUUGUCUUGAAGGACUAAAAUCAACGGCGUCUGAAAAUGGUCUUUCCGGUGAACUUUUCAACGAUACAAAACUCUAUGGGGUGUCUCUUGCCCUUUUCUCCAAAGGUUGGGUGCCAAGAAGGCAAAGAUCGAGACCGAUUUGGCAACCACAAGCCAGCUUCAAAAAGUUUUUUGGUUUCCGUAACGGUAGAUUACCGUUAAAGAUGACGGAAAAAACACGUGCCAUUUACAACACGGUGACUAGGAGAAAGCUUCUCCAAUCUGAUGUAGACGCUGUUCAGGUGAGCGACAUUGUGACGGUGAAUCAGAACGGGACGGGAAACUUCACGACCAUAAACGACGCCAUUGCAGCCGCGCCAAACAAAACUGACGGUAGUAACGGUUACUUCUUGAUCUACGUAACGGCGGGAUUGUACGAGGAAUACGUGGACAUUCCCAAGAGCAAGAGAUAUGUGAUGAUGAUCGGUGACGGCAUCAACCAAACGGUUAUCACCGGAAACCGGAGCGUCGUUGAUGGAUGGACCACUUUCAAUUCCGCCACAUUUAUUCUAUCAGGUCCCAACUUUAUUGGUGUAAACAUAACAAUCCGCAAUACGGCAGGACCAACCAAAGGCCAAGCCGUGGCAUUGAGGAGUGGUGGAGAUUUGUCUGUUUUCUAUAGUUGUAGUUUUGAAGCCUAUCAAGACACCUUAUACACACAUUCUCUCAGACAGUUUUAUCGUGAAUGUGAUGUAUAUGGUACCGUUGAUUUUAUAUUCGGUAAUGCUGCAGUGGUAUUACAAAGCUGUAAUUUGUAUCCACGUCAACCUCGCAAAGGUCAAGCGAACGAGGUUACGGCUCAAGGUCGUACCGAUCCCAACCAAAACACUGGAACUGCAAUUCAUGGUUGUACUAUAAGACCGGCAGAUGAUUUGGCUACGAGCAACUAUACAGUGAAAACUUAUCUUGGUCGACCAUGGAAGGAAUAUUCUAGAACCGUUGUUAUGCAAACUUACAUAGAUGGGUUUCUAGAACCGACUGGUUGGAAUGCAUGGUCGGGCGAUUUCGCAUUGAGCACACUUUACUACGCGGAAUACAAUAAUACCGGACCUGGUUCUGACACGACAAACCGAGUCACUUGGCCAGGUUAUCACGUCAUCAACGCUACUGAUGCUUCCAAUUUCACGGUGACCAAUUUCCUUGUUGGUGAGGGUUGGAUCGGACAAACCGGAGUGCCUUUCGUGGGUGGACUGAUCGCAUAAUCAACCAACGUCCUUUUACUAUAUGACAUGUUAAUUAGUUAUAUUAAUUAGUAUUUAAUCAUUCAUGUGUUGUUUUUUUAGUCAAAUAAUUAUUUAGUGGUGCCUGUUUCAAUACGAUUUGUGUACAGUAACUUACUUGUGUACAAUCGAAUCGUUUCUUCAAAAUUUAAUAAUAAUGAACGGGUAACAAAUACACGUUGCCCAAGUAAAUUGGACUA